AUGUUCCCCAUGUUUCCGCCGCCGCCGAUGCCUUUCUACCAGACGUCCCCAAUGCAGCCGCCGCCGUUCUACUUCCAUGCAGCAGUUCCCGUGCCGUCGUCCGCGGUGCCGGUGCGCUCUGUGUGGGCGUGGAACUUCAGGGAGGAAUCUGACAAGCUCUGCCACCUGGCCUGGAACGCCCGGUACGUCGCCGUCGACGUGCACUACCCGGGCCUCGUCCACCACGCGGACCGGAACCACAACAUCCUCACCGUGGAGGAGCGCUACGCCGUCGUGAAGGCCAACGUGGACGCGCUCAAGCCGCUCCAGGUCGGCAUCGCGCUCCGCGACGGCCACGGCCGGCACCUCGGCGCGUGGGAGUUCAACCUCCGCGACUUCUGCCCCGUGUCCGACCCGCACGACGAGGGCUCCCUCGCGUACCUCACCGGCCGCGGCCUCGAUGUGGACAGGCUCCGUGUCCGCGGCCUCAGCGCCAAGAUGCUCAGGGAGAAGCUGCUGCGUUCCGGCCUGUUCGACCCUCGGUGUGCCGCGCGAUCGUGGAUCACCUACGCCGGGGCGUACCACAUUGCGUACCUCCUCAAGAUUGUCACCGGCGGCGCCCCGCUGCCGAAGGACAUGGCCGGGUUCGUCGGCGCCGUUCGGCGUUACCUCGGCGACCAGGUCUACGACGUCGCGAGGAUGGCGGCCGACUGCCCGGCCAUGCCGCUGGGGCUGGAGCGCAUCGCUGAUCACCUCGGCUUCCAUCCGCCGUUGGGGAGCCCUCGCCUCGCGGCUGCCGCCGGCGUGCACGCGCUGCAGGUCUUCAUGCGGCUCAAGUACAGUGAGUUGGGCGGCGACGUGGAGAGACACCGAGGCCUGCUUCAUGGCCUGCACCAGCACUACGUCGUCGACAAUCUAAAUUCCUGCAGCGUUGGACUGAAACAGUACUUCUGA